CCACCAUCGUCAUCAACUGAAAAAGUUCUGCGCGUUCUGCGGCGCGCACGUGCUGAGUACGGUUAAAGCCAUUGGUUAAAGCGGUUACUGCAGUGUACUAAAGCUUUCUAGUACAGUUGGUUCUUUAUUCUAUGGUACACUGUACGGUUACAGUGUAGUGCGGUCAUGCUUUUCGUCAUAUUUUGCUUAGCAAUCAAGCAGCUCAGUGUGCGCCGAUGACCGGCUCGCGUUGUUGCGUUGACUGUUUGACGAUUGAAGUGAAAAUGCUAAUAGGCGAAAUGGAUUCGCAUUAACGUGUUUUACCAAGGAAAAGAAGUCGAACAUGUUAAGAGGGUGCUUGCUGAGCGUAGGCAAAAGAUUCGCACUGCUGAAGCCAAGGUGCUCUAAGGUGUUUCACGGCCAAGAGCGUGGGGAAAGCACUUGGCGAGAAAACACCAAACCUUUCCUGAAGAAAACUCGCGAGCAAUAUGCUCGUUACGACGGCUUAAAUCCAACCCAAGACCAGCUUGUGUAUACAAGCGGGCUGCACAAUUACAUGCAUUUGGCUAGGAUCACUGGAACAGGCGUGAUGGUCGCUGUCGUCUGCUAUGCUGGCAGUUAUUACUUUCGUCUGUGGCAACAGGUCCCAAACACCGUAGAUCGUCUUUCGAAUGAAAUUCCAAAUGGCCAGAAGGUGAUCGGCGCCUCCGUGCUCGCCGCGUACGUGCUCGCAUCAUUUUACUUGUUAAGGUCCACGCCAGUACGUAUCUACUACAACAAAUCACAGCAAAUGUUUAAUUUAGUGUUUCAGGCAGCAUUACCUGGGUUGCGAAGAAAACGGAGCUUUAAGCCUGGAGCACUAGAGCCUGUGUAUGUUAACAAAAAAUCCACACUCGCGCAGUUUCUUGGCACUUUGAGGGUGAAAAAUGGGUGGCAGAGGUUUGUAGUGUUUGAAGAGCGUUUUCACAGGACGGUUUUUUACAAUGUCCUAGUUGGCUAUGAUAGUGUUGAUGUGCUCGAGGACUAGACUAGCAAGAGUAAACUGUAUAAAUGCUUCUAACCUCGUUUGGCUGUUUCUGUGACUGGAUCCAUUAAAUGCAUUUGGAAAAUUUU